AUGGGGACAUGGCUGAGCGGGAUGUGGAAGAUAAUCGCCGCAAUUCUGAGCAUGAUGCUUGAUGUCGCACUGUUCUGGAAGUCGGUGACUCGCGUACAGCACGCCGACCCCCCGGGCCUCUCGGACACCAGCUCAUACACGCUACAGAAACUGCUUUCAUGGUGGACAUCUAAGACGCCCCACGCCCGGCUCCUGCAUGCCCUUGAGACGGCCCAGACUUACGAGCAAUGGGAGGAGGCAGCGUUUGAGCUUGACGAGCUACUGAGCAAAGAUCUAUGGCGCCAAAACUCCGUCAGCCGGCACUAUGACUACCGGCUCAUAAUGGGCCGACUAGAGGCGCUGAUGAGCGCCCGCGAGAACGAAGACAUCCUCACACUAGUCAACUUGCUCCGCUCGGGACUCGUCCGGAACUUGGGCAAUAUCACGACGACGAAGCUCUUCACGCAUGCGUACGCGGGGACCAAGCUGCUGAUCGACGACUAUAUCACGCAAGUUGCGCUGUCGAUUCAGUACGUGAGCACGUUGCAGCCGGAGCCGGCGCAGCUAGGCGGGUUCACAUCACAGGCGAAGCUGGAGCUGCUGCAUGAUACGCGGCAGGCAUUUGGGCGGACGACGCUGUUGCUGCAGGGCGGGUCCGCGUUUGGGCUCUGCCAUUUGGGGGUAGUCAAGGCGUUGUAUUUGCAGGGGUUACUGCCGAGGAUUAUCACGGGGACGGCGACGGGGGCGAUGAUUGCGGCGCUUCUUUUGGGGCUGCUUGAUGGGGAUAUGUUGGACUUGUCUGCUUUCAAAGGGUCGAAGGGCGCGACGAGAGACGAGGGAUGGAUUGGGACGUUUGUUCGGAGGACAAGGCGGUUUUUGCGGACGGGACAUUUGUUUGAUAUGGAGCUGCUGGAGGAGUGUGUACGGACGAAUGUGGGUGAUUUGACGUUUGAGGAGGCAUAUGCGCGGUCGAAACGCAUUUUGAACAUCACGAUAGCCACAGCGGGGGAAGACAGGGACGCCGAAUCUUCUGAAUUACUUGACAGCACCAAACGUGGUAUGUACUGCUUCUUUACCCGGCAGGGUGAAGGACCGGGGUUGAUAUGGUCUGCAGCUGUUGCGUCCAAUGCCUCUGUGUCUCCUAGCUCCCCCAAACCCAACAUCACCAUCUACUGCAAAGACGAGACUGGCGCAAUCGUGCCCUGGCCGCACACCGAAGACGCCGUCUUCCAGCCCUGGCGGCACAUCCCCUACAACGAUGGCGAGUCCCCUCUAUCGCGAAUCGCCGAACUCUUCAACGUAAACCACUUCAUCGUCUCCCAAGCUCGUCCAUACCUCAUCCCCAUCCUGCGCUCCGAACUCAACCUCCUCGAUCGCCGCCAAACAGGCUGGAUGAAUCUCUCCCGCUCGAUAUCCCGUCUCGUCCUCGCCGAGCUGCGCCACCGACUCCGCCAGCUAGACUAUAUCGGCGCGCUCCCAGGAACAGUGAGUAGACUGCUCAUCGACGAAACCAUCCCGGGUCCAAAUCUGACGCUAGUCCCCGACCUGUCGCUGCGAGACGUGGCGCGGCUCUUUCAGCAGCCAACGCGCGAGCGAGUCGCAGAGUGGACGUUGCAGGGUGAGCGUGGCGUGUGGCCGGCUGUCAGCGCGCUGAAGGUGCGCGAGGCGAUCGAGAUCGAGCUUGAUCGGGGGUAUCAGCUUGUAAGACGACGGAGACCGAGUGAUGCGGCACUGCCGGUAAAACACUCCCCCAACGAAGGGCUGCCUAGGAGGAGGAAGGUAGGCGAAGAUCUGGAGGAGAACGGGCAUUUUGCUGAUGGGGAGAGAGAGUAA